UUCUCCUCCUGUGUUGUUACUUCGACGCUGUUGAAUGCGCCACGUCGCUGCUCAACGGCGAAGUGGAAACUGAUUUUCUGCCGAUGGUGAAUGAGGUGGAUAUGGCGACGAAGGUGACGGCGUUGCAGGCGGCGUCGGAGGCUCACGCGGCGCGUUGUGUAGAGUUGUUACUAAAGAGACGCGCCCGUACGGAAGCGAGGAGUAAAGAUGGACGAAGUCUGCUUGCUCUGGAGAUGGUUUUGUCUAGUAGCAGACUUGUUUGGCAGGAUUUGACUGCGGUGAAACUUCUGAGUGAAAGAACGAAAGCAAUAGGCGAGGUGGCGUAUUCCAUAGCCAUGGGAGGCAAAAUAGUAGCUUUAGCAGCUCUUCUUAUCGUAGCGGCAGAGAAAGUUAACGAGUCUAUUGUAUUACUACGCGACGCUUAUUCGGGGUUAAAGGAGAAAGACACCGUUUACCAAUGCGUUAUCAGGGAGGCAUUAUCGUUUGGCCGCCGUGAUACGUCGCCGUCAAGAACAGCUAAAAGGAACUAUACAUCCCCAACCAAAGUCGAGUUCGAUACGAAACGGAAGCUUUUGCUUUGCGAGAUCGAGUUGCUUCAGCUGUUUGGAGCCGUUGCUCGUAACGGUUGCGGAGACAAGAAGCUGACAUCACCGUUAAUCCGUGCUGUCAAGGCCCGAGAUGAAGCUGUAAUCGAGCUGCUUCUGAAGACCAACAUGGACGUAAAUGAUGCUGAUGCUGAAGGAAACUCUGCUCUGCAUUGGUCCCUUAGAAUGUCCUGGAGUUCAUCUUCACAGCAGAUUAAAAUCAUAUGGCUCCUUUUGAAGCAUGGUGCCCGAGUAAACCAAAAAGACAAAUUGGAAUUAACAGCAUUUCACAUUGCUGCUGCUAAUGGUAAUACACAGGCACUCCAGGUACUUCUACUAGAAGACCCAGAUGGCAUCAACUACAAAACUAUAAUGAAAGAAACCCCGUUAUUUUUUGCUGUGAAGAAUGAUCAUAUUGACUGUGCAGAGCUUCUUCUGCGCUGGGGUGCAAACAGUGAAGUCCUCAACUUGCGUAGAGAAAGGCCGAUAGACUUGGCUAAGUCACAGGACAUACGUUUCAUACUAAACACAACCUAUAGUACUCUCAGUAAGUGUCUCAUGAUAUUUUUGUGUGCGGUGAAUCGUACUUCCCCAGUUGAACAGAAAUAUACUCCUCGCUUCAAAGGUGAUGAAGUUAUUUUUGAUACAUGUGAAACUCUUCUAACCAUGGCGGAUGAAGAAAGCUGUACUGAAAGAACCAACACAAGCCUAAAGACAGAGAUCUGUAAGUACUUUGAAUCUGGAGGAUGUGUCAGAGGUUCUAAGUGCUUUUAUGCUCAUGGUAAAGAGGAGCUUGGACAGGUGAAACAGGGAAUGCACCUCAUUCAUUCUCCUGCUGCAGAGAAACUGAAACGGAAAAUUUUUGUAGGCGGCCUCCAUCCUCUGUUGGAUUCUGACUCACUGAGCAAGUUUUUUGAAGGUCAGUUUGGGUCUGUGGAAGACGCCCAUGUUGUUACAAUUAGAACAGGUGAUGAAUUACACUCUCGUGGCUUUGGCUUUGUCACUUUUAAACACCGUAAGUCUGUUUCAAAGGCUGUUCAAGCACGCUAUGUAACCAUCAUGGGCAAGCAAGUUGAGAUCAAAAGUGCUGUUGGGAGAUGGGAUGAGUCCUUGAAGCUAUCACCUCAACAUCAACAGGAUCCCAAUGAUCAAUAUCAACCACAAUUGGAGACAUCCAGCGAAAAGAGUGAGGAAGAGAUGCCAAGAAGGAAAAUCUUGGAAGAGGCUAAAGCUGAUCAAAUCUCAUGGGUGAAUAAAUUACUCCAUGGCCAACCGAAGACGUUUCCUGAAUCUCAAGUACUCGUUAGCACCCCCUCCACCAACUGCAAUAUUCCAAUAUGGUUGAGAACUUUCAAGAAGUGGCUUCCCAGUUUCUUACAGGAGUUAUCAAAGAAACCAAAGGAAGGGGAAUACCCUCUGUCAUCAUUGAAGGCAGAUUUCAGGGCUGCAUUUGGCCUAGAACUUGACCAUGUUUCUCUUGGUUACCAUAAGCUUAGUGAUUUUAUGAGAUGUUUUCCUGAUCUUUGUCGCAUGAAGGUCAUGCCAAUAGGAGGAUGUGGAUCUCCCAAUCACAUGGUGCUCAUGCCUUGCCUACCUAUGCCUGAUUGGAAAUUGCGUCAGCCACUCUCCGUGCACUACCCACCCUCUUGUGCUGCACCACCUGAUGACAGUACAGAUACUGAUUCUAAUGAUUCCAAGUAUCCUCAGGAUCUUCUCUCAAAUUCUUGUGAAAAUGUUAGCAUCAGCAGUGGCGAGAUUGAUCCAUCUAAAAACGUUCUGCAAGAGAAUUUAGCUCCGAAGAAUAAAUUGCCUGUUGUUCACUCAAGUUUUAUGCAAUUCUUAAAGUCAGACUUUUGCCUUACUCAAACAAAGCUAUAUAAUGAAAGAAAAAGUGGGACAGCAAAUGCCAAUGAUGAAGGAGGGACUCGGGGGUUUAAUGAGAGGAAACUCAGUCAUAAAGGAAGGCAUUUGGUUCUGGAGGCUCUUCUAAGAAAAAGGAACAACUCAUCCAUAUUCUUUCUUCGUCAAUUUGAUUUCUAUCACGUAAGCAGCUAACAACACUUUCAUGAAUUUAUGUCAAACAUUUCACAACAAUAACAGACUCAUGGUUUGAUGUGUGCAGAAUUACAAGGCAAGCAUUAAGCAGGGAAAGUGCUUCUGGUGCAACCAGCCAAAGUUUUUGUGGGCCAACUUUCCUUGCCAACACCUGCUGUGGUGUGGC